UGGUUACCACAGACGUGUGUAAUGAGUACGCGUGAUGUUUGUGAUCGUUCUUGUUGGUGUACGGUGAUGAGAUCAACGUGCCAUCGGCAAAGAUGAGCGAAAGAAAGUUUACUCGCGGCUUGGGCAAGCCGGGAAUGGCCGCUCAAUUACGGGAGACUGUCUCUCAGGUAGUACGCGAGAGCACCGUACAGAAUAAGCCUCAUCUAGUAGAACCCAUAGACUUUGAAAGUUUUGUAUUAAAAAAUAAAACUUUAUUACAAAAUGACCCCCAGAGAGAGCUUUUGCUUUAUCCUCAGGAUGAUGUAUCACAAGUGGUAUUGCCCAGGAGAUAUCGUACCCUUACACCCACAGUACCACAAGUUUCAGAUAAUGAAGAAGGAGGAGAGAACCUUCUUACAAAAGAAUGUUUGCGAAGUUAUACGUCUAAUUGGAACCUGAUACAUUAUAAAUAUUCAGCACACAGUGGAACUUAUCUUGAAUUGCCCAAAAUAGCAAAAGCUGAUGAUCUGAAAGAUGAAGUAUAUGAAAUUGAUACUGAAGUAGACCAAGUUGAUGAGGAAUUAACAAGGAGUAAUGGAAUAACAAAAGAGGGAUAUUUAAUGAAAGGACCAGAAAUCGGAAGCAGUGAUCGAAUGUUUGCACAUAUUGGCUCGAAAUCAUUUAAAAGACGAUUUUGUCACCUUAGACAAGAAGUUGAUGGCACAUAUAUUCUUGAAUUUUUUAAAGAUGAGAAGAAAGGAGAAGCAAAAUUGACAAUAGUAAUGGAUUUUUGUACCGAAGUUGCGAGGAAUCCAAAGCGUGGAAGGUAUUGUUUUGAGUUAAGAAUGAGCGGGACUCAUAAGUCGUAUACUUUAGCAGCAGAUAAUGAGACAGAUAUGCAGGAUUGGUUACUAAAGUUAAGCUCAGUAUUACAGCAUUAUAAACAACAAGAAGAGAAGCGUGCUGCUUCGUUGGAACGAGCAUGUAAUACACCUCCUCCAUCUCCUCAACCUAUGCAGGUUUAUGGAACAUUGAAAGGCUUAGAGCAGAGUAUGAAUCCACAAUUGAUCAAAUAUUCCAGAGAAACUGAUACGAGUAUAGCAUUGGCUCGACGUGAAAAUCGCAAACGACUGUUCAGUAUUUAUCCUCAUAUUCCGCACAGUAAACAACAGCCAGGAAGUUUGAGUGAAUAUAGUGUUGAUCCAUACAAAGAGCAGUUUGGGCACAGAAUUUUUGUGAAAUGUGAAAGUCUGAAAUUUAGAUUGCAAGCACCGAUAGAUGAAAAGGAGUCGUUGUGUCAGGUGGAGCCAUAUCAAACAACAUUAAGUCUUUAUGAUGCAAGAAAUGGUAGAAAACUUACAGAGAAUUUUCAUUUUGAUAUUAAUCAUGAGGUUGUCCAGGAAAUUGUAAAGGAAUUAAGUCCUGUAGGUAUUAUGACAGAAUCUACAGACAAUAUGAAAUUACCGGAUGAUUUAAAAAAUAUACCUUCGGAUUGGAUUAAAUAUCCAAAACAGGCCAUAUUUAGUAUUAGUAAUCCUCACCCUGAUAUAUUCUUGGUUGUAAGAAUAGAUAAAAUAUUACAAGGGAACAUAUGCCAAACUUCAGAACCAUAUGUAAGAGCUACAAAAGAUCCGCGAUUAGGUUUGAAAGUGCAUAAACAAGUCAAAGCAUGUUGCCAAAGACUGGGAAAUUAUAGAAUGCCUUUCGCUUGGGCUGCCAGACCCUUAUUUAGAUUAUAUAGUAACGAAUUAGAUACAUCGUCUGAUUUUCCAGCAAUAUAUAGACAAGAGGGAAAUAAGAUAAAGGAUGAUGAAUUGCUAAAACUUCUUUCGGAGUACAGAAAACCUGAAAAACUUAGUAAAUUAACUGUGAUACCAGGAUGGUUAAAAAUAAAAAUUGAGUCAAUUACAGAAUUACCCGACAACACAUUGUCUACGUCCUUCGCAGCUUUAAAGCCAUUCCCACUACCACCAACGUCAGAACCGACCCUUGAAGUGGCAGAGUUUGAAAGUGUUUCAGAAAAAGAUGUCCAUCCUUAUACGACAUACAUUAAUCACCUUUAUGUUUAUCCACAAACUUUGUGCUUUGAUGCACAGAAGAUAUUUACAAGAGCCAGAAAUAUUGCAUGCAUCGUUGAGUUACGAGAUGAUGAUAGCGAAAAUACUACAUCUUUAAGAUGUAUAUAUGGAAGACCCGGUGCUCCGCUUUUAUGUCUACGAGCGUGUUGCUCAGUUCUACAUCACAAUUCAGUUCCCUCGUGGUACGAAGAAAUUAAAAUACGACUGCCGACGAAACUUCAUUCUAAGCACCAUUUACUUUUCUCUUUUUACCAUAUAAGUUGUGAUAUGAAUAAGAAGAAGGAGAAUGGAGUUGAAAACUGUGUUGGAUAUGCCUGGUCGCCUUUAUUGUACAAAGGAAGACUGAAUGUGGAUAUGGAUGUGAAUGUUCAAGCAUUACCUGUAGCAACACAUUUACCACCAGGAUAUCUUUCGAUACAGCCACUUGGGCUUGGAAAAGGGAAUGCGGGACCGGAAAUUCUAUGGAUUGACUCUCAGCGGCCAGUAUUCACGGUGGCGUUUCAAUUAAUUUCAACUGUAUUUACGCGUGAUGUACAUUUGCAUAAUUUAUUUGCUCACAUGGAGCGAAUCCUGGACACAAAACUGGGAGCAGUACCAGCGGAUUCGGAAACGUGCAAGAUAUUAAAAGCUACUCAUGCCGUACAAUUGGUUACUGUUAUUACAUUUCUUCCUACUAUACUAAAUCAACUGUUUACGUUAUUAACGCAUACAGCGAACGAAGAAGUUGGAUUAUUUAUUAUAAGAGUGUUAAUACAUUUUAUACAUAUGGUACACGAAGCUGGUAGAAAAGAAAUUCUUCAAGCUUAUAUUAAGUUUGUUUUUGUAUCACCUACUCAAGGAAACGGCAGUGUCACAGUUCACGAACAGUUAGGAAAACAUCUUCCUACAUUAUUAGAGCCCAGUAACACUGACUUUCUAGUGGUAAAUAAAUUUAUGCAUCAUUCUAGUUUCUUUUUUGAAAUAAUGAUAAAAAGCAUGGCACAACAUCUACUUUCAACAGGAAGAAUAAAGAUGCAUAGGAAUGAAAGGUUUUCGAAAGAAUACCAUGAAAAAAUUAGAAGUUUAGUGGAGGUUAUUAUGCCAUAUCUUAUGAACAAGUAUAAGGAAAUGACUGUCGAAACUCACGAAUUAAACAAGAGUCUUGCACAAUUUCUAAAACGAUGUCUUACGUUCAUGGAUCGUGGAUUCGUUUUCCGUUUGAUCAAUUCGUACAUGGACAAUUUUUCACCUGGAGAUCCACGUGCACUGCACGACUUCAAAUUUACAUUCCUGCAAAUAAUUUGUUCGCACGAGCAUUACGUGUCCUUCAACUUACCAAUGAUAUGUUAUAUAAAGAUGUUCGUUACAGAUUUAAUUAACGAGUAUUGCUUGUCUGAAGAUUUCUGUAAACAUCACUUUUUGGUUGGACUCUUAAUGCAAGAGGUUAAAACAUCUCUAAACGAAAUUAUACAAACUCGAAAAGUGGCAAUAGCUACGUUAAGAGAUUUAAUGGCGAAGCAUGAACUUGAUGAUAGGUAUCAGAACAAGGGUCAAUUAAGUAGAAUAGCAUCCAUUUAUAUACCAUGGCUGGGUAUUGUAUUGGAAAAUUUGCAACGACUACAAUCUGUAUAUGAUAGUACUAAACCAGAAACUAAGCAAAAUGGUACCAACAGAAUGUCAACCAGUAGUUCUUUUUUAGCAAGCAAAGACACUAAUAGUACCACAACAGCUACUGGAACACCAAAGUCAAUACACAGGCUCACCUUACAUUUGGAUACGCAUUCUCCAAUAAGAGCGUCCAUGCAUUUACGAGAUUCCACGUAUUUUGCUGCCAUAGCAGGGCAAGGAUUAGUUAACGGAUACUCAUGCACUAGUAUAGAAUCAGACACAUCAACUAUGUCUGGCGCCUCGCAGUCAAAUAUAUCUCAGGAAACUACAAUAGUAAUUCGUGAACCUGUCGAAAAUGGCACCAGCGAGAAAAAGAGACAUUCACGUUCUUUGAGUGUUACACAGUCAUCACCCAGAUGCGAUAAAUUACAGUCAGCGGAAGUGAAAGACAUUCUGCUUUGUUUUUUGUUCGUUAUAAAAUACUUGGGUGAUCAUCAAGUAAUUGCUUGGUGGCAGCAGUGCAGCGAUUGUGAAAUUUUGAACUUUUUUUCAGUUGUAGAGAUGAGUCUUCAUCAUUUUAAAUAUGUUGGAAAAAGACAAAUUGCUACAAAUGCAGCAAACAGUUCUGGAAAACCUCGAACAGUAAAAGCAAUGACAUUGCCAGCCAGAAUGGCGCCUCCUGAUUUUACCAGCGAAGGACCUGCUACUAGCACUUUACAACCUCAUAACACUACAGCCAGGGAAAAUCUUGUUGAAAGUGAUAGUGGAAAAAUGCAUCAGGCAUUGUUAGAAGCAAAUAUGGCGACAGAAGUUGGUCUUAUUGCAUUAGACUGUUUAGGACUCUUCUGCCUUCACUUUAAGGAUGUACUUUUAGCAGCAGAUGGUGAUAAUCCUAUUAUGCAAAAAGUUUUCAGCAUAUAUUUGUCAUUCUUGCAAGUUGGUCAAUCUGAAACAUUACUACGUCAUGUUUUCGCCAGUUUUAGGGCAUUUUUAAAUAAUUACUCCAUAAUACUUUUUCAGGGAAAUGCAGUUCUGUGUGGACGCUUGUGUUACGAGUUAUUACGUUGUUGUAAUAGUAAAUUAAGUUCUAUUAGGCAAGAGUCCUGUGCUUUGCUUUACCUUCUUAUGAGGAGUAAUUUCGAGUUCACUAGCAGAAAAGGUUUAACUAGAGUUCACUUACAAGUGAUCAUUUCUGUUUCACAAAUGCUUGGAAACGUUAUUGGAUUGAAUAAUUCAAGGUUUCAAGAAUCGCUGUCAUUGAUAAAUAGUUAUGCUUCAUCUGACAAAGUAAUGAAAGGUACAGGUUUUCCAGUGGAAGUGAAAGAUCUCAAUAAAAGGAUUAGAACUGUUUUAAUGGCAACAGCACAAAUGAGAGAACAUAAUAAUGAUCCUGAAAUGUUGGUCGAUUUACAACACAGUUUAGCCAACUCUUAUGCUAGUACACCCGAAUUAAGGCACACAUGGUUAGAAACUAUGGCUAGAAAUCAUGCAAGAGAUGGAAAUUUUUCGGAAGCUGCUUGCUGUCAAUUACAUAUCGCUGCAUUAAUGGCUGAAUAUUUAAAAUUGAAAAAAGUUCACACAUGGGGAGCGGAAGCCUUUGAUAAAAUCUCUGAGAACAUUUUUAGAGACGAAUGCAGUCUUAAACUCGAUGCUGGUGUGCAAGAUAUUCAUUAUAACGAGUAUCUACUUCUUGAACAAUUGGAAGCUUGUGCUGAGAUGCUGGAGAAAGCAGAACGAUUUGAAGUUCUUGGACAUCUGUAUCGUUUAAUAGUUCCUAUCUACGAAGAAAAACGGAAUUACGAAGCAUUAGCAAAUUGUUAUUCACAUUUAGCGCAAGCUUGUAAUAAAAUUGUUGAAGUCACUAAAUCUGGAAAGAGGCUCCUUGGAAGGUUUUAUAGAGUUGCAUUUUUUGGUUCGGCAUACUUUGAGGAUGAAAACGGACAAGAAUACAUUUAUAAAGAACCAAAAGUUACGUCUUUAUCAGAGAUUUCGGAACGACUACAUCAUUUGUAUUCUGAUAAAUUUGGAGCAGAAAAUGUUAAAAUGAUUAUGGACUCUGUACCCAUUGAUAUAACUGAAUUGGAUCCGAAAAUUGCAUACAUUCAAGUAACGCACGUUACACCUUAUUUUGAAAAAUACGAAUUGGAUGCUCGGCAAACAGAAUUUGAACAGAAUCACAAUGUGUCGUGUUUCAUGUUUGAAACUCCGUUUACUAAAGAGGGGAAAGCAAGGGGUAAUCCAGAAGAUCAGUGGAAGCGGAGAACAAUUUUGACAACGCAAUAUUCUUUUCCGUAUAUUAAAAAACGGAUCCUGGUUACUGAAAAACGAGUAAUGGAACUUAGCCCGAUUGAAGUCGCUUUGGAUGAAAUGCGACAACGCGUUCAAGAAUUGGAAGACGUGGCUCUUGUAGGUCCAACGGAUGUGAAAAAAUUACAGUUAAGACUACAAGGGAGCAUAUGUGUCACAGUAAAUGCUGGACCACUCGCGUACGCUUCUGCAUUUUUAGAUCCUGCAUUAUCCCCACAUUACCCGGAUGAUAAAGUUGAAGAAUUAAAAGAUGUUUUUAGGGAAUUUGUUAAGAUAUGUUACACAGCUCUGCAAAUAAACAGUAAAUUAAUCACAUCUGACCAACACGAGUAUCAGGAAGUUUUACGCGAGAAUUAUCAGAAACUUUGUCAAAGUUUAUCAUCGUUGCUGGGAGAACCUAUUUGGCCAGAUGAGCAAGUUGGUAACUUUAAACGUAAUAGUGCUGCUUUGUUUAGUGCUAUCAGUGGUGCUAAUAAUCAUACAAGUACAGCCUAA